GAGAAAUUCCAAAAGUACAGUCUUUUUUUUGCCUAGCGAUUCGGAUAUAUUUUAAAAUUUUAACAAAAUGCAGGAGGACGCAAAGGAUAUAAUCCCCGAAAAAUUUGAUUUCGAGGAGGAGGUCUCUCGCCUGAUGAUCGAAUAUGACAUGAUACUUAUAGCUGAUUGGGAUGAAUCCAUUUUUGAGGAGAGUGAAUUUGAGGACGAGCACGAGAGCGAGCAAAAUACAUCUUCUAAUGAUAGCAACUUGUAGGUGCGAUAAUAUUUACAUUGUGGAGCUCUGGAUACUGAAUUUUUCACACGUUGUUUGUUAUCAUUGAGUCCCAAUAAAAUUCUGUACCA